AGUAACUAUGGAUAGUUGCAUAGCUUACACCCCAGUCCGCAGAUAACCAAAACUUUGUGCUGCCUCGUCCUUGGACCCCAGGCUUCAACACGAAGACAGCAAUCUCACAGACAACGGUACCUGUCAGCCGUUAUCUUUGUGACGUGCAAACAAGCAUUCCGUAUCCCGGCCAUUCUUGUCAGCGGGAGCCUAUAAGAUGGUCGGUCACCACGCCAAGCACCAUUGACUGUUCGAGUUCUCGCAUUGAUUACCAACCCUAACCCGUUCUCCCGACGACAUCUCAACCCCAAGCGUCCGUCUUGGGAGACCAACCUAACAUGCCCACCCCGGUUGACCCCAAACCCAAACUCCCCGUUGCUCCUGAUGCCAACGAGACCUUCAACCGCAUCGCGCUCAGUCUAGCCACCAAACACCAACGGGUCCUCUCCACUCUCUCCAAGCACCGCGCCCCAAACCCCACAGCUGCUGCCACCAACCCCCCCUCCUCUCAGGGACCAUCCAGCACCAACCGCGGCUUCUCCUCCCUGGCCACCGCCGCCACCACCAACACCACCCUCAACCCCCAGCCCCCGUCCUCCUCGGGGUCCAAACCCCACCGCCACCACCACCGCCAAGAUGAUUCCGACCUCGACCUCAACCCAGCCUACCACCUGCCCCCCAACGCAGGGAUAGGCUUCUUCUCCCCCUCCCCCUCUUCCUCCUCCUCCUCCUCCUCCUCUACCCCAUCAUCCUCAGCAGCCACGACCCAGGACCGCGACACCGCGGCACUGCGGCGCAAGGUGCUGGGGCGGAACGCGGCGCGCCAGCUCGAGCUUGCCGCCGCCGCGCGCCGGCAGAACGGGAGGAAGAGGGGUGCCGGCGCUGUGGGCGGUAGCGGUGAGAGCGGGAGUGAGAGCGAGGAGGAGGUCGGCCGGGGCGCGCUGGUGAGGGCUAGGAGGGCGGGGCAUCAGCAGUAUCUUGGGCUUGGGGUGGGUGAGCAGCGCCAGCAGCAGCGGAGGGGGGUGGGAAGUGGGAGUGAGGGUGAGGGUGGAAAGAAGGAGGAGACGAAGGGGGAGGUGGAGGUGGAGGUGGAUGGGCAGCCGAGGAGGAAGAAGGCGCGUGUUGAGAGGCUGUCGGGUGAGAUUGCGGUCAAGGGGGAGGGCAAGGAAGAGGAGAGGACUGGAUCUGGGAUCAUCGGGGAGGGGGAAAGAGAUGCCGAUGCUGGGACGGGGGAUGCUAGCGCUGGAGGGGACAGCCGGAGGGGUGGAAUGGAAGAGCAAGGGCGAGAGCAGGCAGGCAGUGAGAAGAGGAAGAAGAAGAAGAGCAAGAAAAAGAAGAAGAAGAAGGGGGAGAAGGGGGCGAAUGGCGAGGUUGGAGUUGAGGCUGAGACUGGGGCCAGAGAUGAAAACUGAAAUCUUCUCCACAGGGGACUGAAUAAACUGACGGUCAUGGGACUCGACACCGGAAGCAGGCAAUCGCU